ACAGGCAGAGAUUAAUAGCAGCGAAUUGGGCAAAGUUUCCAUGGGCGAUAAUCCCACAGCAGAGCAGCAGCCAUUAGGAUGCAGAGGAAGUGCGGAGCUCAGCUUGCCUCCGCCUGCGCCGCCCGCCUCAUUAAUAUGCAUCAAUCACACAGUCAGCUGCUGAUUGUGAGGAAGCCCGGCGCGUGGUGAAAGCCUCCAUUAAGGCGCUAGUAGCAGCAAACGGUUUUGUCAGAGUUUUCUCAGUGCUUUAACAGAGGGAUUUUUUUUUCCCUCCUAGAACAAAAGUAGGGCCUUUGAUAAGGGUGACAUGGUGAUGGGAUUUGCUUUUGGUAGCUUUCGAUAAAUGCGUGCCGCACCAUCGCUCCAGCCGGUGGAAAAAAAAAAGUCAAGCAUGGGACAUAAAGGCGGAGUUGUGGAGGAUUUUUGUGUUUUUUUUCCAUCUGCAAAAUUUGUGUUUGAAUACCAGUUUGUGUUGAACAGAGAGUGCGUGCAGGGUAUUAUGGGAGAACAUGCAGCACUUUCUUGCUUAUGCAAGUAGUGUGAAUAAGAGAGGAAAACAGGAGGGGGACGAGAGAUUGGUUGCCUUGCGGGGUACGUCUCUUUGUUGUGUAAAUGGACGUUAGGCUUUUAUUUGUCAGCGCUUAACACAUGGGCGCAGGUGCACUUGUGUGACUCAUAACUCAAAGCCGCCCAAUUCAGAACAGGGCAAAGCAGUGACAUGGUAGAGGAUAAAAUACAGCAGCACUCUGUACCUCACUCCUUAACAGCGAUAAGACAGCAGGGCUCGCCGUAUUCUCACUUUCUCAAGAGUGUGUGAGUGACGGACGUGGGAGUUAGCUGGAGGCCAGGCUGCAUACUGAGUCAUGUGUGAAGGUGUUCUAGGGAGAGUCGGUGUGUCAGUUGUGGACAGUGGUGUGUGAGCAGCGUGCGUUUGAAGCAUCCUCUGAUGCAUAAGGAAUCUGGCUGUUUGAAGGCACUGGCGAGCACGCACACCUGCAGAGCCAUGCUGCGUUGCCGGGGCAGCUGUGUGUGUGUGUGUGUGUGUGUGUGCGUGUGUGUGUGUAUGUGUGUGAGAGUGCAGUCUGCAGGGUACCUGUAUGGCGGGAAUGCAGCUGCAGAUGCCUGAGAAAGCUUUUGCUUGUGUAAGCACCAGGGCCCCACUAGAGGCCUGAAUAGCUGCUUGAUAAACAAAAUGAACACAAUGCGUCCCAUCAUUAAUCCCUCCGCAGGGAACACACUCUUAUUUAUUUCUUUCCCCCACACCUAUGCUACCUCUUCCUACCUUACCUAAAAAUACCUUAACUAUUUACAUUUUAGCCUCGUCCACAUUUCGUAAGGGCUGGGGUGAACAUGUGGAGUUUUUUUUUUUUUUUUUUAACGAAUGUAAAUAUUUAUGGGAACAUCCGCAUUGUACUCGAGUGCUGAGGCAGUUUUUAAGAUGUAAGGUUUAGGAAGAGGCUGAAGAAGCGGAUUGAGAAUUUACAAAUGUUUAUAACCAUGUUCAUUUUGUGUACAGGGUUUUUUUUUUCCCAGGAUGGAGAGGGGACACAAGCCCUUUUAACCCUUUUUUUACACUGCCUCAAAAUUUCCUAGCUGAUACUGAACACUUAAAGUUGGGGAUGAGCACAAUGUCUGUGUAUGAAUUAGUUUAGAAGUAGGACCUGAAUAUUAGACCAAUAAUUUAUUGAGUGAUGGUGUAAAAUAAUGUUGACACUUGGCUCAUGUUUAUGGGUUAGUAUGUCUUCAUUUGCAGAAUAUGAAGUCCUAAGAUAUCAUUAUGCCUGAAAGUGAAAGCACUCGAGUAUCCCUUUCCCACUGAUAAGGUGCUGGUGAUAGUUCUCAUUCAGCAAAACGGGCUGUGAGGUUAGGGGGGGGUUAGUGUUGUCGCCAUGGCAACAACUCAAGUUAUACACAUAACCAUCUUAAAAAAGGUUUCAACUGUGAAUAAAUGGUAAAUAGGUAAAAGCAGUAACAAAGUCUGUCGUACUGCAUGUAAUUUUUGUUUGUUGAGCGUAUAGACGAUGAAGGAUUUGACUCCGGAUGAUACGAUAUGUUCUCAGUUCCCUACCAGAAUAAGAAUUUGUUAAUAUUUUAUGCCCUGGUGCCCAGGAGAAGCAGAUUUCAUGUCCAAGCUAUUAGGGCAAGUAGGUUUAACAAAGGAAAAAAAAACUCCUUACUGAUAUUCGUAACAAAAUGAAUAUUCUUGUAGAAUGAACAUAACUGUUAUUCAUGUUUAAACUUAAUGCAAUUUACAAUGGUGAAAUGCACAUCAAUUCUGUGAACUGUUCCGAAUCUUACAGCACUACACACAAUGGCCAGGGUGUGACCGUUGAUGGUAGAAUGAUUUACAUAUUAAUUAGCAUGCACAGAUGACAGACUUUUUUUUUCUCAGAAUUAGGAACAUGCAGGCAUGUGGAAAGAUUGACAAAACCAAGUCAAAUAAAGUUCAGUGCAAAACAGUUAUAUAACUCUCCUGCUUUCUACAUGCAGUCACCUCAUGGUGAAAAAUUACGACAGAAAAUAAAGGUGGUAGCCAGACUCAAAUAAUGUGAGGACAGAACACCAGAGCUUAUAACCCAAACACUGGUCAAUGACUGGCUGACUUUUGGGUGCUAUAUAAUAGUCAUAUACACUAUAUGGCCAAAAGUACGUGGACACCUAACCAUAACACCCAUGUGAGGAUCUUCCUCAAACUAGAAUGUCUUUGUAUGUCGCAUUAAGAUUUCCUUUCAGUGGAACUAAGUGACCUAGCACAAACCUGUUCCAGCAUGACAAUGCCCCUGAGCACAAAGCGAACGGUGUGGAAGAACUCGAGUGGCCUGCACAGAACCCUGAACCCAACCCCACUGAACACCUUUGGGAUGAACUGAAACACCAGCUUCAUGUCAGGUCUUCUUGUGGGUCAGUGCUUGAACUCUUGUGCUCUUGUGGCUGAAUGGACAUAAAUCCCCCCAGCCACGGUCCAAAAUCUAGUGGAAAGGCUUAACAGAAGAGUGGAGGCUGUUACAGCAGCAAACCAACUCCACAUUAAUGCCCAUGGAUUUGGUAUGGGAUGUUCAAUUGUCAGGUGUCUACAUACGUUUGGCCUUAUAGUGUAAUUGUUCAUUUUCUUUAUUCUGUAUUAAUUCACUUAACUAGCUAACUAGAUUGCCAUAAAUUAUUACAUUAACUACCACUUUUAGUCAAUUAAUUUUCUUGGCAACCAAAAGUUAGGACUGGGCAAGCACAUUGGAGCUUUUACUUGCCUUAGCUAGUACAUUAAAUAACCUGUCCACCCCUGGGUUUGGCUGAGAACCAGGUAGAAAUACAGGACAGAUCAUUAAAAGGUUUGCUCCAAGAGAGUAUAUAGCAGCGAGUGUGUGUCAUGGGUAGGGUACUCACUCAGCAGCGGCUGCUGUCAGGCAGCUGUUUGGGCACCUGUGCUAAAGGACCCAGCCUGACUGUCUGUCUGAUGUAGACUGAAAGGGGAGAGUUCAGCAUCUCUGACGCUGUAGGCAAGAGAAGGUUUCUUGUAGGAUAUUCAUGCAUGACUGUGAGGCUGGAGCUGUAUAAACGUCCAGGCUUUUUUAAGCGCCCUUGUCACCAGCUUGUCGGUUUGAUGUGGCGAUGAGCCAAAGGAGAGGACUAAGGGUAUGAGUGAGAGCAGGGGGGACAACUUACACGGUCAACUCCCUUCUGGGUCUUUUGCAAGCAAGAACCCUGGCUGUGAAUGACAAAAAAGAUUGUCAUUUGCUCUUGACAUAUCACUCAGACUCUUGUUUGGGUACAAGUUGCACUUAGCAGGAAAACAGUUCCAGCAAGAGAGGAGGGUUAGGCCGCGGGAAAGCCGACUAAGACCCAGCUCUCCUCUUUAACAUUGCAUCUAAUGACACUGAGAGGAGUGUGUGUGUAUGUAUGUGUGUGUAUGUGUGAAAGUCUGUGUAUUUCCUGUAGAGAAUGGACUGCAGAAAUACUGAGCUGGAUUUUUGACUAGACAGCCAUCUACAGGCAGCAGCAGCAUGUGCAGGCUGCAAGCGUGUGUGUCUGUGCCUCUUUGAAGCUGGGGCCCUAAUGCAGGGUCAGGACCUGACUGAGCAGGCCCUGCAGAGAUGGACAAGCCUCAGGAUAAAACGGCCCACUAAAGCCGUGUAAGAAUAACUCCAGAGAUUGAGGUGUAUGCACCAUCCCCGAACUCAGACGACUUCAACAGAGAGUCUCCUUCCUAUCCUUCCUCCAAACCUCCCAGCAGUAUGUUUGCAAGCACUUUUUUCGACGCAACCCACAACUCCUCUGACCCAUGGAACUCGUCCAAUGGUAUAAGCCAGCCGGCUUAUGGGGGAAUGCUGGGAGGAUCUUCAUCUCACAUGCCACAGUCUGGAAACUACAGCAGCCUGCACUCUCAUGACCGCCUGAACUACCCCCCACACUCAGUGUCCCCCACGGACAUCAAUGCCAGCCUGCCGCCUAUGUCCAGCUUCCACCGUAGCACUGCUAGCAGCUCGCCCUUCGUCACCGCAUCCCACACCCCACCCGUCAACACCACAGAGGGAGUUAUGGCUGCAGCCAACAGAGGUAACGCAACUGGAAGUUCUCAGACUGGAGAUGCACUGGGGAAAGCGCUCGCUUCGAUUUACUCUCCUGACCACACCAGCAGUAGUUUCCCCUCUAACCCAUCAACCCCGGUGGGCUCACCCUCUCCGCUCACGGCCCAAGCGGGUGCCGCCUCAGCAGGUACGGUGGUGACAGCAAGCGGCCCCCCUGGAAGGGCAGGUACUACCCAGUGGCCUCGUGCAGCCGGACAGAACCCGUCUUCCCCGAAUUAUGAGAAUUCUCUCCACUCUCUGAAAAAUCGUGUGCAUCAGCAGCUGCAUGAGCAUCUCCAGGAUGCCAUGUCCUUCUUAAAGGAUGUCUGUGAGUCUCGGAUGGAGGAUCGUUUGGACAGACUAGAUGAUGCGAUCCAUGUCCUCCGGAACCAUGCCGUAGGUUCUACCGCCUCUCUGCCCAGCGACAUCCACAGCCUGCUGGGACAGACGCACAACGGACCAAUCACAGCCAUCGGCACCAGCUUCCCCACGUCCGGAUUGGUCACCAGCAGGACAGCAUCUAUGGGUCCUGCUCAUCGUGAAGAGACAGUCAGUCUGAACGCAAACCACACAGGGCUGCAGAGCACCCCGGGGCCGGCCUCUAGCGCCGAGCUCAAUCACCAGGCUGACACUUUCAGAGGCCUCUCUGGUAGCCUGGCAUCUCAGGUGGCUCCACCUCUGGAGCUUAAAAUUGAGAAUCAGGACAAAGAUGAAAUGCAUGAUAACCACUCCUCUGAUGACAUCAAGUCUGAUGACGAGAGUGAUAAAAGGGACAUUAAGACGCCCAGAGGAGGGACUCGAACAAGCAGCAUUAAUGAGGAGGAGGACCUGAACCCGGAGCAGAAGGCAGAGCGUGAACGUGAGAGGAGAAUGGCCAAUAAUGCACGAGAGCGACUGAGAGUGAGAGACAUCAACGAGGCGUUUAAGGAGCUGGGCCGCAUGUGCCAACUGCAUUUGAAGAGUGAGAAGCCCCAGACCAAACUGCUCAUCCUGCACCAGGCCGUUGCCGUCAUCCUCAGCCUGGAGCAGCAAGUCAGGGAGCGGAACCUGAACCCCAAAGCAGCCUGCCUUAAGAGGAGAGAGGAGGAGAAGGUUUCUGGUGUUUCGGGGGAACCGCAGCAGACUCAUCCAUCCGUUCACCCUGGGCUUACAGACACAUCCAACCCCAUGGGCCAUCUGUGAGCACUAGGCAGAUCAAAGUGAUGCAGAGGGAGUGUGUAAGAUUGCAUUGGUGACCUUGCUUUCCAAGGGCAGACAGGACUCACAGCUUGUGACACAAAUUUGAAAAGACAGAGACCACUCCAAGCUAAAUUCCAGUCAAGUGACCCCGAGCUCGAAGAAAACUGGCAAACGCCAAACUUCCUCCAAAGUCCAAAAUUGUAUAGCAAAUUUCUGCCCACGAGAAACAUACUCACAAAAACCGAAAGCCCUUCAGCACAUAUCACUGUCUGCAAAGCAGCGUGUCACAUCUGUACAAUCAGAGACUGUCGCAGUCCCCCUCCACCCUCCACGUGGAAGUUGCAUUGUGCCUAAACUGAAUUGACGAAUGCAUUGUAACAGCAAUUGUUUUUUUUUUGUUUGUUUGUUUGUUUUUUUAUUUUUGUUCCUAUUUAUUAUGUUACUGAACUAUAAAGUCUAUGUUUAAAGGGAAAGUUAUGACAUUGCUUUAAGAAGCUGUUUGGCAUUUCAGUAGAUCUUCAGUUUGCCAAGCUCUGAGUGAUUCUGCUGGAGCAGCACUGUGGAAAGAUGCUCUGGGCCACCACACAGAUUUAAAGCAUCCAACUCGUAGCAGAGCCUCUCACGUCUGUGGCUUUCGAAAUGAUCAGAGUCUCAAAUGUCCUCCCCUUUUUGUCUAGAAAAAAAAGAAUAAGAAAUAAUAUAUUAUUUAUAUUUAUGAUAGAUUCAUUCCACGAACAACAGCAUGAGAAACCAAAACUACCUAAUGAUGCGUGUUUAGUUGAGAUUCCAGGACGCAGACAGUUUAGUGUAGUGGAGAGACGAGUGUGUUUUUGCUCCUUCCUCUGUUCUGCAGAUGCAAGGCCCCGAUGGCAAACUGGAGCUUUACUGAAAGGUCAGAGGUCAACCACAGGCUGACAUGUUUAUAGUCAUUAGUAAGUAGUUCAAAUACAGAGAGCAGACCAGUUACUAAACCCUAGCAUUCCCUGCAUAUUUCAUAGUGUCUUAACCGAAGGAAAGAAGGACUAAUCAUGGGUCCUUUGAAUUCUUCAGCCAUAUAGUGUUAAGUGGGAAGAAAAUGGCAUAUUUCCAUUUAUUGCAGUUUGUUGGUUUUCUGAUGUUACAUUAUUUGGUCUCUGCUUAGUUGAACAGCAGUGGUCUUCUACGCUUAGCCUCAAGCUGAGAAAUUAGACAUAGCUAAUAUCAGACAGAGUAGACUCAAAACGAUGACCACAGCAUCACCUGGCCUGAAUUGAAGUUUUGCUUGAUUUUCUUUCUGUCUAAAACCAGUAACAUAAAAAAGAGAAAAAAAAAUCACAAAAAAAAUCAUUACUCUAAGUAACCACAACGUUAUAUGUUUAUUUGUAAUUGUAUACAAAGCAUCUUUCUAGGCUUCAUAGUAAAGCGUAUAUUGUCCUGUGUGAAAAUAGAAGAAAGAUAUUCUAAGUUACUUAGGAUGGAUUUGUCUCUCCCCCAAAGCAGUGAAGUACUUGAUACAGUGAUCAGAAUGUGUGUGGGUGUGUGGUGUGUGUGCAAUGUCCAAAAUUCAUACGCUGUGACAACAAAAUCAGCAACCAGGCGAAACCAUGAACAAAAGCAUUUUUUUUAUAUCAAAAAUCAACAUCAAGUUUUUUUUUCCUGUGUAUUUUUUCUUAUUGAACAUAUUUUGGUCUUAAUUCGCUCUUUAAAUUCUUUCUUUCCCCCUUCCCUUUGUCUUCCAUAUGCAUGCUCAACUCCUCAAACAAAACUGCCACAUCAGAAA